UAAACCUUCAAAACUCCUUUCAACGGAUCACUGCCCAAUACAUACGCACCUAUACUCAACCUCCCUUUUUCCUAAUUACCUACAUCUACGAAGAUCUCUAAUCGACAUGUCCACCCUCUCCUCCCCCCGUCCCUCAAUCGCCUCAUCCCGCGCACACUCUCCAACACCAGCAUCAUCGCACCGACCCUCCCUCGACACCCUCAACACCAACUACAACCUCAACAACCUCAGCGCCUCCUCCACUCCAUCCACCGCCCGCGCCGUCUCCCCUUCCUUCCACCCCCGCCGCAACCGCGCCGCCCUCCGCGACUACUACAACCUCAAACCCUCCUCCGCAGCCGAUCCCAACAAUGACGGGCGCCGCUCACGCAGCAUCCCGCGGCACACCGACGCAGGCGACAUCUCCAGUAGCAGUAGUGGUACCGGCGGCCCAUCUAUACUCUCCACAACAGGGACCGAGCUCGAUAGCCCAGACUUCGAUCCCCAACGCUACGUGAACCAGCUCCUCGCUUCGUCGUCGCUAUCAACAGUCCUGAAAGCGGAGAAUACGCUUGUCGGGGAUAUCCGCACGUUGGACAGUGAGCGCAAAGCAUUAGUGUAUGACAAUUACUCGAAGUUGAUUAGGGCUGUUGAGACGAUUGGGAAGAUGCGAAGGACGAUGGAUGAUCGGGGCGCGCCGUUGACGAUGACGAAGACGCUGGGGCCCGCGAUUGCGUUUGUGGCGGAGACUGCUGGGGGUCUGAUUCAGGAGGGCGAGGAGCAGCAGAGGAGGAUGAGGGAGGUUAAGGAGAGUGAGGGGGGUGAGAGGAGAAGAGCUGAGAAGGGGACGGUGAAGUGGGUGCUUGCGGCGCCGGGGAGGUUGGAGAAGUUGUUGGAGGAGGGGAAGGGGGAUGAGGCGGAGGGGGAUUGGAGUGAGGUCAAGAAGUUGUUGGAUAAGUGGGAGGGGGUUAAAGGUGUGAAGGAGGUUAGGGAGGCUUGUGAGAAGGUUAUGGAGGGGAGGGAAGCUUGA